AUAUAAGCAAUGAUAUUACAUGAGUCUUCCUUAAUGAUUACACACUAAGUAAAGCUUAUGAACAAAUUAUCAUUUUGUAUGUAUCAAUUAAACAAAAAUAUUAUGCAAAUCUUUCAUAAUGAUUAAACACUAUGUAAACCUUAUGCAGGGAUAGUUAUACACUUAAAUAAACGAAUGACAUAUGUUAUUUGUAACGAUUAAUACACUGCGUAAAAUUUGUGUAAAUAUAUUAUCUGAAUAACUUUGUGAAUUAUUUUAUUUUGAAUAAAUUAUUAGCUUCUUCUCGCAGCAGACGAGGGCCAAGAAACAAGUAGUCAUAAAAGCAUAAAAAACCACAAAAUGAGCUUCAAACUAAUUUCCACUCGCUAGCCAAUGAGUCUAUGAGUAAGAAGAGGACAAUCUACAUACUAUUAAAUUGGACGUACAUGCUCAAUUUGUAACUCAACAUUUAUUAAUUAGAAACUUUACUAAAUUUCUACAUUUACGUCCACCCAACAAACAAAGAAAUAAAUUUAAAAUUUAUCCUUAACCCUCAUCGAAAAAUAUCCACCCCCAAUUCAUGAGCUUCCCCUGUAUUUUGGUUUGAACGCGUGGUAGCAGAGCAUUGUUCGGAACCAAAGCAGUGGACUUCAGAGUGGACCCUCAUUUUGGUAACCUCAUGAUUUGAGAUAUACGUAUGUUUGACAUAUCAAAGAAGAUCUCAGUAUAUAUGGCAUGCUAGUGGAGAUACGCAUCUGGUAAAUUCUUAUGUCAAAGAACUUGUCGAUACAAGGUGUCUAGCGGAACAAAAUAAUCGUUGAGCAAAGGACACAAAGUUUGUGGUACUUGUUUUAAGGGGAGGAUUGUUAUGGGAAAAUUUAAGUACCACAUCGGAAAUACAAGAGAAAUGAUCCUUAUAUAUUAAUGUCCACUAAACUCAUUUGUAUGAGACUUUUUUGAAAGGGAUCCAAUAGUAAAUAUGUGCGGGUUUGGCCCAAAACAGGCAAUAUCUAACUAAUAGAGCUAUAUGGUUCCAAGGGAUUAGAUAGUGUGACAACACCCCUUGUGUUGUUAUUGUAACAACACUAGUCUCCAACUAAUAAGAAGUUAGGAUUGUGAUGACUUUUUAUUAGAUGAGUUGACCUAGUGUAAAAUCAAAGCAGAGGUAUAAUUGUCAUUAUGAAAAAUAUGUUUGAAUAAUAAUAAAAAUAAUAAUAAUAAUAAAUUUUUUUUUAUUUUCUGCCAAAAUUUUGGUCGUCGGAAUUCGGUCACCGGUCGCCGGAAACUAGUCGCCGGAAUAUGUUUUUUUGUCGCCGGAAUAUGAGAUUUUGUCAUCGGAAUAUGCUCACCGUCACCGGAAUAUGCUCACCGUGGUCGAAAUAUGCUUACCGGCGUCGGAAUCUAGUCAUCGGAGUUUGGUCAACGGUCUUCGUUGACCGAUCAACGGUCUUCGUUGACCGAUCAACGGUCUUCGUUGACCGAUCAACGGUCAACGACCACCGGAUGUUAUGGUCUGCAUUGUGAGAUUUAUGGUUUGGUUUCUCAUAUUUUUGUAUGCCUUUUGUGGUUUGCUUUAUCGUGUUUGUGGUUUGCAUUAAGAAGUUUCUGGUUUGCUUUCAAAAAAUUUGUAGUUUGCAUUGUGAGGUUUCCGGUUUGUUUUAAUAUAUUUGUGGUCUGCAUUAGGACGUUCCUGGUUUGCUUUUUUGUGGUUUGAUUUACUGUAUUUGUGGUUUGCAUUAGGAGGUUUCUGGUGUGCUUUCGCAAAUGUUGUGGUUUGUUUUGUGGGGUUUCUGGUAUGUUUUAGUAGAUUUGUGGUAUGCAUUAUGGUGUUUCUGGUUUGCAUUAAGAAGUUUAUGGUGUGCUUUCGAAAAUUUUAUGGUUUGAUUUGUGGGAUUUCUGGUUUGUUUUAAUGGAUUUGUGGUCUGCACUAGGAGGUUUUUGGUUUGCUUUUUUGUGGUUUGCUUUACGACAUUUAUGGUUUGAUUUGUGGGAUUUAUGGUUUGUUUUAAUGGAUUUGUGGUAUGCACUAGGAGGUUUUUGGUUUGCUUUUUUUGUGGUUUGCUUUACGACAUUUGUGGUUUGCAUUAUGAGGUUUCUGGUGUGCUUUCGAACAGUUUGUGGUUGCUUUGUGGGAUCUCUAGUUUGUUUCAGGCAAUUUAUUGGACAUUUUAGGAGAUUUCUGGUAUACUUUUUUGGAUUGAUUUCCCUAUUUAUGGUCUGCAUUAGGAGGUUUCUCGAGUAUGCUUUAGAUACAUUUUUUGUAUGCUUUUGUGACGAGGUCUCAUAUUACUAAUAAUGCAUGUAUAAUUGGCAAAAUGAAACCAUAUCUGAAACUAGCAGCUCCAAUUGAGUACUAGUGUUUGAUCAUAACCUUACCUCCACUCCAGCACUAACAUCCAUAGUACAUACAUACACUAAGUCACUCACUACUCCAUCUCCUCUCCUCCCACCGCCCACCUUCUUCCUUCAUCUCUACCCUUCUUUGUAGUUUCUGUUUCUUUACAUUUUCUAUAUCACCAGCACCAGAGAAUGACUCCAACCUACCUUUCAUGAAAUCUGAGGAGAGAAAACGAUGGAGGAGAAAGAAAGCAAGAAGCUUGGGUUUUGUGGGGAAGGUUGUCUGGUCCAAGGCUAGCUUUCUCGCCCAUAUAUUGUGCAUAUACAUCAUCUGCAAAUUUAUGCAAAUGGGUAGCUGUAACUAAAAUGAGUGUCCCUCGGACCAGCUCUUCUUAUUUCGGAAUUGAAGAGAACAAACGGCCUCUAUCUACUCUGUUCCACCAAGUCGAAGCGGCGAUAGUAGCUAGAAGGAGAUUGGCUUUAGAUUUCGACGGUGGAAGCAAUUGAAGUUGUGGAUGUGGAAGCAACGAUGAAAUUGGCAGCGACUAAUGGGCGAUAGAAGGAGAUUUCGGCAAUAAAAACACCUGGUGAUAGAAGAAGCAGGAGCGACAUGGAAGAAGCAGGGCAGUGGAGAAGCGUCACCGAUGCGGCGGUGGUCGGAAGGCAGGCUAUUGUGGAUCAGCACGCCGACUCCUCCCCCGAGGGUUUUGGAUUUGGAUCUUCUUCAGCUGAACUGGAUCCGAACCCUGGCUACUCCGAGGGCCCCUUCGGCUCGAUCCAUGCCGAGAACGACAACGACAAUGGCUACGACGACGCUGACCUUCACUUCCGAUGGUCCCGUGCUGCCUCCGCCGAAUGAGAUACAGGAGGAAGGUGCUGCUCUUCUCGAGUGGUGGCAGAAAUGGAUUAAAUAGAUUUUAUUUUUAUUUUUACGUUAAAUUACCAUAUUACCCUUAAUGAAUCUUGUUGUUACAGUAACAACAAAGGAGCUGUUGUUAUACUAUCCGCUCCCUGGUUCCAACAACUGGUAUCAAAGCAUGGUUCAAAUCAUGUCGGUGGAGUUGCAAAACUCCAUUUAGAGACCUAUGGAUUUGGGAUCAGCAUCUAAUAGAUCAAAGAUUCACAUUUGGCGAACCAAAGAUUUUUGAGGAUCAAUAGAGCUUUGAUCUCCCUUGGUCUGAACUCCAAACACAAUCAUAUCCUUCUAAAGUAGGGUAACAAUGAGAGAAUUAAACAACCCUAAAAAUUCAAAGUUAUGUGGCUCUCCGUUACAAACCUUUUUAGGAGCGUGGUAUAUGCAUAUGUGCUGCAAUGGGGAUGUAUUCGGAUGGGGCAAACUACCACCUUAAAUCAGAAAUAAUUUGCUCCAAGAUGUGGAACAAUGAUACGUUUGGAAAUGUUCAGAAGAAGAUGGGGAAGUCUUACAAAAUAAAAUCCAAAGAACUUAACUCUAAAGAGGAAACUAGCAAGAUGUGAGAAUCUGUUAGAGUCGACAUAUCCCUUCUGUUGACACCUAAAAUUUAUUUGGCCGAAAUUAAAUGCCGCAUUAAUUAGUCUCGACAUUUAAUUCGAUACCGCGGGUUAAAAACGAUGUCGUUUGGAGUUAAGCGGUGUCGCGGAGAGUUAAAACGGUACCGCAAGGGAGCUCGGCGGUACCGCGGCAUGGGAAACGACACCGCUUAAUAAAAAGAAAAAAGGGCUGCGCGUGUAGUUGGGUUGGAGAAGGGAGUCUUAUAAUUAAUUAUUACCUUUAUUCCUUGUAGGAAGGGGAAAAUCGGUACCGCAUGGAGAAUUAAAACGGUACCGCAAGGAAGCUCAGCGGUACCGCGGCACCGGUCACCAGAAAAUAAAAAAAAGGGUCGUGCGUUUAAUGAAGGUUGGAGGAGGAGUUUUGAUUAUUUAAUUAUUAUUUUUAUUCCUUGUUGGAAGGGGAAAAUCGGUACCGCAUGGAGAUAAGCGGUAUCGCGGAGAGCUAAAACGGUACCGCGGAUUUAAAAACGGUGCCGCGAGAGCCUGGUAAGCGGUACCGAUUAAUUGAAAAAUCAUAUCGGGCAGGUGACCAAAAUUCACCCGGCCCAAUGCGAGCGCCGACUGCGGCGGUUCCAUGGAUUAAUAUUUUUUGGCUAUAUCGGCGGUGUCGUUUAAUUCAAAACGGUACCGCGAGUAAGCUCAAUGGUAACGACAGUGUUUAGUAAAAACAAUGUCGCGAGAUAUUGCAACACAAACGAUGUCGUAGUAGUAGACGACAAGGUCGUUGCGUGGAGAACAAGCUCGAGUGAGCCAACGACACCGCGAGACUGGAAGCGGAGUCGUUUAAUAUUAUAACAGUGUCGCGAGGAAAAAACAAACGGAGCUGUUUGGGAAAGGAAACGACAUCGCGGGAUCAUGAAAACAACUCACGUAAAGUUCACGCGAAGCAGUUUAAGGAACGAAGCCGUUGAGACACGUGGGAGUUCACAGCGGAGCAGUUGAGAAGCGGUUUCACCGAGCGUGAAGACUACGAAGGUGUUUUUCGAAUAAAAGCAGUGGAGCAAG